UGCGUCGCGACGCUAAUGUAUAUAUAUGACAGACGCGGAACCUCAAAAUACCGACACUUCGUAAAAUUAUGGAGAGAUAGAACAAAGGAUGCCACACUUCUUUGGUUCAGUGUCGCUUCCAAGAUGAGGUCACAAACACUGCUAUGUCUAUUAGUGGCUUUCGCAUCCGUUUACGGACACCCCGGAUGGAAACGAGACCAACACUACGUCUACCAGGUUCGCGGUCGUUCCCUGGCUAGCUUAAACCAAAUCAGUAAUGACUACACCGGGGUUGUUUUUAAAGCACAACUGAAUGUUCAACCAAGCGGCUAUGAAAAAAUCGCCGCUCAUUUAACUAACGCUCAGUAUGCCCAAGUCGACACCAAACUGAGCGAAGGACUGGAAACAGACAUCCCCGACUCAGAGCUAACCUUCCAGAAGCUACCCUUGUCGGAAAAACCGUUCCAUAUUUUUUAUAGAAACAGCGCCAUCAGGAACAUUAUUGUCAGCAACUCCAUCAAAAACUGGGAAGCUAACAUGAUCAAAAGUAUUGUGAGUCAGUUCCAGCUUGACACCAGAGCUACAAACGUGAUCAGGAGUUCUAUUAACAUGUUGAGUCAAGAUUAUUCCAACUCUGCUGUCUACAAGACUAUGGAGGAAACGGUUACGGGAACGUGCGAGACCUUGUACGAAAUUCAUCCAUACCCUCAGCAUGUUCUUCCGUCGAAACCUUAUGUGGCACCGCACAAACGGCUCAACGAAGCAGUUAUAGAAAUCGUUAAGGACAAAAAUUUCACACACUGUGACCAAACAUUUUCUUAUCAUGCCGGUUUCGAAGGGAUCAGUGGAUACCAGCCAGGAAACGAAGUCGGGGAAUUUUUAUCGAGGUCGUCCGUCACUCAGGCUGUGAUUACCGGUACUUUACAAAAGUAUACCAUUCAGAGUUCGGUCACCGUUGAAGAAAUCGCCCUAAAUCCGUCCCUUGGUGACAAUGUCAAGGGUAUUGUGCACACUAAAUUGAACGUAACGUUGGACUCAAUGGGUCAACUACGCUCCGAAGGUCACUUUACAGUGGACAACCCGAUCGAAGUAGGUGUAGUUUAUGCUUAUAAUAACCCCUACAGCAGCGACAACAGUCCUCGUCCUGUUAGAGAGUACGAACACGAAAGGGCUCCUGAUAGCGCCGAAUCAGAAGGGUCUCCGUACAUGACCUCCCCAAGACCAGAAGGAAUUUGGGAUCCCGAAGAUAGACAGAAACAAGAUUAUCAGGAAAAACCGAAACUCGAUGAGGCUCCUCCAUCUCCUUUGUUGCCCUAUACCGUAGGGUACGAUGGUCAGUCUAUCAAAAAAACUCAGAACAUUGUGGACCUCGUGCAGAGGCUUGUCCAAGAAAUCGGCCAGGAAUUCCCUCACCCUAAGGAGGUUCUCCAACAACACACUCCUGGUAAAUUCGUUGCUUUGACCAGUCUACUACGAACUAUGAAUAGCCAGGAAAUGCAGCAGGCAUCAACUCAGAUUUUACAAGGUUCUGGAACUUCUCCCGCAAAAGCUGCUUUUAGUGAUGCCGUUGCACAGUCUGGAACAGGUCCGGCCAUUAUGACCAUCAAAACCAUGAUCCUGCAAAACAAAGUAUCGGACCUUCAAGCCGCCCAAAUGAUUGCUACCACCACCAGUAAUGCACGUCAGCCUACCGAAGACUACGUCAAAUACGUAUUCGAAAUGGUUCAAAACAAAAAUAUAAUGUCGAGGCCAUAUUUGAACGAGUCUCUUCUGUUAUCCUUCACUACUCUCGCUCGCCAGGUUUACGUCAACAAGGACGAAUCUCAAGGGAAAUAUCCGGUGUAUAGCUAUGGUUCGUUCCGCACCAGCCGAGGAAAAGCCUACAUUAAGAACAGAGUUAUUCCUUACUUCAGUAGAAAGAUGAACGAGGCUAUUCGUGAUGGCGAUUCCCCGAAUGUCCCGGUUUACAUCCGUGCUCUUGGUAAUAUGGGACAACAAGAAAUUCUAGAAGUUUUUGCCCCCUAUUUGGAAGGACAAAGAAAAGCGUCCCAUUUCCAACGCGUUUUGAUGGUGGCUGCCUUGGACCAACUUGUUAAAAGUAAACCGCGAGUAGCUCGCUCCGUUUUGUAUAAGAUCUACCAGAACCCUGCUGAAGUUGAGCAAGUUCGGGUUGCCGCAGUAUUCCAACUGAUGCAUACUAAGCCCUCCGUUGCAAUGCUAGAAAACAUGGCUUCGCAUACUAACCGGGACCCUAACCACUACGUCAACGCGGCUGUCCAAUCUGCCAUUCUGUCUGCUUGUGACCUCGAAGCCCCGGAACACAAAGAAAUACGCGCUGCUGCCGAAGCGGCCAAACCGCUUUUAGUCCCCAAGCAAUAUGGAACUCAGUAUUCUCAAAUAUACUUGAGCAGCUACGCUGUUAAAGAAGCACAGUUGACAUAUCAACAAGGUCUUCAGACUUUUGUUGGCGAAGAUUACGCUAUACCUAUGGGCGUUAAGUACACCUUGCAACAAAAACUUGGUGGAGUUACCUCGAAUAUUCUGAACGCUCAGGCUAUAGUUUCCAGUGUCGAGGAUCUUGUUAAUGUUUUCCAACAACAGACAAAAGAAUAUCAAUACCAAAAACAGGAGAAACAAGGGCAACAUGCUGUGAACAUUCCCGGGUCAAGCGAAUACGUGGCAAAGGCCUUAGGUUUGCAGUACGAACAAAGGGAACAACUAGAAGGAAAUUUGUACCUGCAAAUGGGGACCUUACAAUCCAUUUUCUCUUUCGAUAAUCACACUGUAGAAAAUUUACCACGAAUUGUACAAAUACUGGAACAAGAAUUGAAACGCGGUAAACGAUACCAGCAACGCAAAAUGUUAAACAUGAGAGAGGCUUCUCUUGCUUUCCCUACAGCCUUGGGCUUGCCUUUCAUCUACACGUACGAUAAACCUAUGCUAAUCAAAGUGGAAUACGAAGUGAAGGUUACCGCCCAACCCCCGAUUUCCACAGGACAAAAUCUGCAGCAACCUGACACCGUUAAAGCCGAAUUUGACAUUAAUGCUGUUGUUUCUGGAGCAAUACAGACCCAACUAGGCAUUUUCACACCUUUUAACCAUAAACGUUACAGCGCAGGCUACAACAAACAUUAUCAAGUGGUUACCCCACUUACUGGAAAAAUAGAUUUAAAUAUUCAGAGACAACAGUUGAAGGUUGAGCUACAAAAUCCCGGAAGCGAAGAGGAUGUCCGUUUGGCAUACUUUGACACUUUGCCCUACACGUCCAAACAUAGCAUUGACGACCACAAACCCAAUAUGAAGAUUAUUCGAUCACCGCAUCCGUACAAAUUUAACACAGUCGUAGGAGACAAAUCCACAGGAGUUGCCGUAUAUAUUCACGCUACCAGUGAUAAAAUCAUUGACCCAACCCUUCUUUACGAGAGGGUGAAACAACAAGGUUUAGUUGCUCCCAUGUUGAAACCUUAUGGUGACGGUAUUCAGUAUGGUUACCUUGAAAUAGGAAUAAGUGGGGAGAAGUCUACAACGGAACAAAUUGUUUUACAUAUGGGUUAUCAAAUGGAUUAUCAGCAAAACAGUCCUGCUCAGAAUGACCCUGAGCCUGCCCAACAAGUCAACGCAAUUCCAGCGUUUGCUGAUGAUGACGUGAAACGACAAAAGGAGUUUAUUGAUAGAGUUGGCCGGUAUAUUAACUCUCCCCAGGUAUUUGUAGCAGACGCAGCUGUAGAAUUUGUAGGAGACUCCAAAACCAAGUAUUCUCUUACCGCAGGACUUGCUAAAAGUAACGUCGAUCCUCGUAGUCGCUUCAUAGCGUAUGUGCGACAAUAUAAUAGACGUGAACCCGAACCCCAAACUGUAGCUUACGUACGAGCUGAUGCCACUAUUCCUAACACUAACGGUCUCAACAUGGACUAUGCUAUGAACAUGGAUACGACUUCUAAAGUUCUUGUGCAAGCAUUGCUUCAGCAACACCAUCACGAAGUUUCGAGAGUUCAUGCUCACAUCAAGUUUUCGAAGAGUCAGGAACGUCUUCGGUACUUAAAAGAACAAGAUGAGUACAUUGAGUGUCAAAAACAGAUGAAGCAAGGUGACACUCAGCUGCCCACUUGUGCAAAGAUGACCGCCAGAGCGAAUCUUUUGGACAAGUACUCUGUCAAGAUGACUUACCUAGACAUCGACCCAAUGAUUGCUAACGCCACGUAUAAAGCAUAUAGUGUACUCCGUCAUUAUUUGUAUCCUAGGGUCCAAGAAGACGUGAUUGACCCUUACCCUACUGACCACCUAACUAUCAAUGGCCAAUUUAGUCCAAGUUUAGAAACCGUUAACGGAUCACUUGAAAGUGGAUAUGGUAAAGCGCAAGCCAAGGAUGUCCCUGUGAGCCAGAUGGCCCGAGAAUUUUUGGUUCCACAUCCCGUGUUCCACAGUAGAACCCGUUUAUACGCACAGAGCCUUAAAAUCGACACUUAUAGACCAAUCUGCGUUGUCGAUAAAACCCACACAUCUACUUUUGAUAACAAGACUUACCCGGUGCGUUUAUCACACGACUACACCGUAAUUCUCCAAUACGUACCUCGCAGACCAUCACCCAAUCCACAAAACCCCGACCAAAGCGUUCUUGAACAACUCGACGAAGCAACCGAAUCUUACAUCGUGUCCGCACGUGCAGCUGAUGAAAGAUCGCUAGAAAAAGAAAUCCAGAUGGCUUUGCAAAUGCCAAGUACCAAAGGCAAAGUUGUCAAAAUCGCACUGAAACCGAGUCUCAGAGGAGGACCUAAAGUUUACGUCAACGACCAAGAAGUUAGAUAUGACAAACGAAGCUCUUCCGACUUCUACGGCGGUCACAUCCAAAUUUAUGCUUUACCUAACGAGGAGGUCAAGGUGGAAGUCUACCAAGCCUUCUAUGUCAUCUUCAACGGCAAAACUCUUAAACUUACAGCUGUCAAUAGUAAAUUUAGGGAUUCUGCUCGUGGUUUGUGCGGUACUUUCACCGGAGAGCCGGAGACUGAUUUCUUGGCUCCGGACAACUGUAUCCUUCAAGACCCUCAAGACUUUGUUCAGAGUUACACGACGGGAUCUAAGUCUAAACCAAGGGCUGAGUGCUACCAGAAGAAGAUUGUUCAUGCCAGGUACAUUUCGAGUAAAGAUGCAGGACGCUCGAGUAGAGACUACAGCAAAGGUGACGAGCAAAGUAGUGACUGUACAGGGUUCAUUAGCAAGUAUCAGAUGAGUGGCAGUGAUAUUUGUUUCACAAUUCGACCAUUACCAUACUGUAAGCCAGAAUGCCAACCACAAGGCACGACUGUCACUAAAGUUGAUGUGCAUUGCAUGAAACCGGACAAUAGUAAUGCGAUCUGGAGAACAAAACUGGAUAAGGGUAUCGGUCACGAUUUUACUUCGAUGGAAACAACAAAACAACUGGAAAUGGAACAACCACUCGAGUGCGUGCGGAGAACUUAAGGUGGUGACGAAGUCCACGAACAAGAUUUGUGUUACUGUUAUGUUUUUUAUACGAGCAUUCAUAAAAUGUAAAAAAAAGAAACGAAAUAAAGAUUGUUUAUCUCUA